CAGCUCGGAGCACGCGAGCGCCGAGCGCGCGCCGGAGGCACGCGGGGGAAAAGUCCUCGGAGGCGCUGCGGGCGGUGCGGAGACACCCGUGCAGCUUCUGGAGCCGCAGCCCGCACCCGCUGCAGCGCCUGCGCCCCCCGCGGCCAGAGGGAGCCCCCCACCCUUGCCUGCUCCAGCGGUGCGCGCGAUGGCCCCGCGCAAGAAUGCCAAGGGCGGCGGCGGCAACAGCAGCAGCAGCAGCUCUGGUAGUCCGACCGGCUGCACCAGCGGCGGCAGCAGCAGCCCCGGGGCCCGGAGAGAGACAAAGCAGGGAGGACUCAAGAACGGGAGGAAAGGAGGACUUUCUGGAAGUUCAUUUUUUACAUGGUUUAUGGUCAUCGCGUUGCUCGGAGUUUGGACAUCAGUAGCUGUGGUCUGGUUUGAUCUUGUUGAUUAUGAAGAAGUGUUAGCCAAAGCAAAGGACUUCCGUUAUAACUUGUCAGAGGUACUUCAAGGAAAACUUGGAAUCUAUGAUGCUGAUGGUGAUGGAGAUUUUGAUGUGGACGAUGCCAAAGUUUUAUUAGGCCUGACCAAAGAUGGCAGUAAUGAAAAUAUUGAUUCUCUUGAGGAAGUCCUUAAUAUUUUAGCAGAGGAAAGUUCAGAUUGGUUUUAUGGUUUCCUCUCAUUUCUCUAUGAUAUAAUGACUCCUUUUGAAAUGCUAGAAGAAGAAGAAGAAGAAAGCGAGACCGCAGAUGGCGUUGAUGGGACGUCACAGAAUGAAGGGGUUCAGGGCAAGACUUGCGUCAUCUUGGAUUUACAUAACCAAUAACUUUGAUGCAGGGGCUGAAGUCACUGGCUUAUGAACCCCUGCAGCAGUCUCCUUUUUCUUUCUCUCCUUGGUUCACCCAGGGCUUAAUGUGCAGUGGGGCAGCUUGAUGGGACAAUACAAGGCAACCAUGUGAUCUUUCCCCCAGUACAGCGCCUAAUUAGUCCCUUGCUUGACUUUCCCGCUUGAGGAAAGCAGCAUUCUCCUCCUAGUGGUUCACAAGGUGCAUUGAGAAUGAUGUUCUUGGUAGUAUAAUUGGUUUCUGUAUCGUUUUGUUUCAACUUAUGUGUUCACUGAACUAAAUUCAGAAACUUAAUAGCAGAUUGUUUUGUGAUUAACCCUUGCUGCCUGUCCUUCUAACAUGCUAUUCAUUAAGAUGAUUACAGUGGAAUUGAUUAUAAAUAUAUUGCUAGCAUGAUUCAUGCCUUCAGUGCUUCUCUGUUGAUCCUUAACAUGAUUGAUGUGUAAAAUGAUGGCUCUUUAAAAAGCUGAUACUUUUUAUUGUAAUUUGUUUAGGUUGAUUUGUCAGAUGGAUUAAUAACAAAUUGCAGUGUCAACUUCUGUAUUCAUGGUGCUUUGAAAAUAAUUUGAAAAUAACCCCAUGUUGUUGCCUUAGGGUAGUUCAAUUGCUGUAUUCAGAUAGUAGUGUAUCUGAAUCUUUCUCUCUAUGAAAGCAAAAUUUAUUUUUAAUUUCAUUUCCAAAUAUACAUUCAGAGAAAGUAAUUUGUAUUUUUCUUAAAGGAGGCUUAUUACACAGGAAGGAAAAUGUGAAUAUGUAUCUUAAAGAAUGUUGUACAUAUUAAAAUUAUUCAUCCUAAAUUACGGUCUUUUUCCAUUUUUUCCUAUAUUACCUUAUUAAUUGGCCAUCAACUUUGGCUUAGGUAUAAUAUGGUUUUUAAAAUUAAAUUCAUUGAAGUGGUAAUUCUUUUUCUGAAAAUCUGUUUUUGCCAUUAGAAAACUUUAAAAACACCUUUGAAUUAAUUCAUUUAAAAUGAGUUUGCUUUGGUGAUAGCAAGAGCAAUGGUAUUAUUAAACAUAUGUAACAUGCAUUUCUUAAAAUGAGAUUUCAUUCAUUUCCCACCUCAAAUAAAGCUCUUACGGCUUAAGAGCAAUAAGACUGAAGACUCUUAGUUUCUUUCUCCCUUUUUGAGAGUGGUUGUUCAUGUUUUUACAUCUUUCUGAGCCUCUGUGAAACUUAUCUUGGCUUUGGUUCUUUAUAGAGCUUAAUAUUGGAAAAUAUUUGAGUUUUUUAAUAUUUUACUUAGCUAUAAUUUCUACUUUUCAAAUAUUUAUUCUUAUUUUUUCCCUUUAAAUCAAGUUGCUUUCAGAAAGUGAAUUAUUCACCAUUUUUUUUCAGAAGGGACUAUGACCAAGAGGGACUUCUUUUUUAGAAGUCUCUUGCAGGCUCUCAAAACAAGAGCCUGAAAAUAAAAGUUUCAAAUUAGAACCCUGGAACCUAUCAAUUUCCCCUUUGACUUAAUAUUUGCAUGUGUUGGGGAAAACUGUCUAGUUUGCUAAUCUUAAGCAUUAUUCAUAACUCCUUUUGGAAACAGAUACAUGUGUUAUACAUUGGGGCCUUCCCAGGUGGUGCUAGUAGUAAGUAACCCACCUGCCAAUUCAGGAGACACAAGAGAUGUUUGUUUGGUCCCUGAGUUGGGAAGAUCCCCUGGAGAAGGAAAUGGCAACCCACUCCAGUAUUCUUGCCUGGAGAAUCCCAUGGACAGAAGAGCCUGGUGGGCUACUGUCUGUGGGGUUGAAAAGAGUCAGACAGUACUGUGAGAUUUAGCACACACAUACAUUAUACAUUGGACAAUGAUCUCCUAACACUUAAAUGAUUAUUAUAAUCCUAGUUUGUCUUUUCCUAAUUAUUCAAGGAAUAUGCUUCAUUCUGUUAAUGUUUUUGACAAUCAAAAGCUUCUAACUUUGGAAUGUUAAUAUUUUGAAGCAAAAGAGUAGGAUUUAAUAAUGUUCUUUCUGAAAGUUUAUGCUGUCUUUGUCCAUAUUUAUCAUGUUUUUUCACUUUGAAUUUUAGUACUAUGACAUAUCAGAGUUUGUUAGGUUUAAAUUCAAAAGGAGUCUUAAGCCUCACUCUCAGAGAAAUUCCUUUAGUCCAGUGUCUGAGAUGUAUUUUUUAAGGCAGUCUUGUUUCUUAAUGCUUCAUUGCUACUAACUCUAGAAGAUGUUUGAUCACUUUAUGAGAAGUAAAUAAUGAAAUUUGUGUGUUAAAAAUGUUCAGAAUCAUUAAUUUUUCAUCAGAUUGCUUUUUUGUCACAAUACUAAUGCACACUUUAUGUACAGAAAUUAAUUAUGCUGUAUUUUUGUAAGUGAAAAAUAAGGAUGUGGGAUCCUUUGCCAUUUUUUUGGUACCCCUGCUGAUCAGCCCUUUGAAAAGCCUCUGAUGAUAAAAUCCAGGUAACUGGUGAACCCCUGACUUCUGUGACAGCCUUCAACUUGUGCUCAUGGCUUGCUUUGGUGAGAAAAUAAAGGUAUUUGCAAAAC